CAUUCUACUGCUUAGUUUACAUAUUUGACUGUCGCCAACGACUAGUCAAGAAUUGACUGCUUGGCAUUUAAAGUACUUCAAAUGUCUGAAAGAGAGGAUGUAUCGCACAGAACUCAGGACAGUCGUGUCCAAAGCAACCAUGCUUUCCAUAAACCGUUCCCGCCACUUCCGCAAGAGGCCAUGUUGGCUCAACAACAACAACACAUAUUGGCGGCACAUGUCAACUGUCAAUUGCCAAUUCUGCAGCUACCUGAACCAGCAACAAUUCCACGAUCAUUACAUGCUCCACUUUACACUCAACAUUUGCGUCUUCCACAAGCACCGUUCACACCUUCUCAACCAUAUGGCUAUCUCCUCCCAUCGCCGAAUAAGUCCUUUUACUCGAACAGUCCAAUGGAGCCUCGAAGAGAAAGAGUUUCGUUGCAAACAUACACAAACCCCCCGCUAAUAUCACACUUUAGUCAGGCGUCGAUUGUUUACGAGCCACCAAUAGUCCUCAAGAUAAAGGACUUUAUGAUCAAAUGGAUAAUAGAAUGGUGGUUGUUGGAAAUUGUCAGCUGGAUUUUUGGAACUAUGUGCCUUUCAACAGUCAUAGGAGUAUUACUUUUGACGGACAGUCGAGAGAUACCUCAGUGGCCUCUUGGACUCACAAUUAAUGGCUUUCUUUCAGUAUUCUCAGCUUGCGCAAAAGCUGCCCUGAUUCUACCGACCGCGGAGUGUCUGGGACAACUAAAGUGGAACUGGUUUAAAGGCGGUCCACGCUCUAUGAUAGACUUUGAAAUUCUCGACACAGCUAGUAGAGGCCCGUGGGGCUCCUUACUGCUAUUGCUUCGCUCUCUCCGCACGAAGGGACUAUCUCUUGCUUCAAUUGGAGCUGCAAUCAUCUUGCUGUGCUUGCCGCUCGAUCUAUUCUUCCAACAAGUUAUACAAUAUCCCAAGGUCUGGGUAGCGAUAUCAUCGCAGCCGGUUGUACCUCGAGCUUUCACUUAUAUACCACCUGAUAACUCAUAUAACCAAAACGGCACGAGACAUUCGGCUCCUGAUUUGACCCUCCAACAAGUAAUGCAGCCGUUUUUCUACUCGAACGGGACCACGCCAGAUUUGGACAUGUCAUGCCCCACUUCUAACUACUACAUGGAUGGGCCGUCACUAUAUCCAAAUGCUACCCAAUGCGGGUGGUUUUUGAACAUCACAAGCUCAUCUCCAGUUCUUAUGUCUGGUUACACAAUUGACCCGUCAUCUCUCGCGAAGGGUGAGGCUUUGGAAACAAGGCUGUUCCCACUCGUCGAUGCUCUCACUCGGGAAUCGUUUUAUGGAGGUUCUGUUCAUUUUUCUGAUAUGCCUGAUCCUCUUCUUGAUGUUUUGAUUGUGGCGACACCGAACGGAGCGUCGGCAGUAUACCAAAAUGCAACACCAAUUACCUAUGAAUGCGCACUUCACUGGUGCGUCCAGACUCUGCAGACUGGAAAAUUUUCCGGACAGUUGUCCCAAAAUAUUACUCAACGCUUCAUUAAUCAGACUGCUGUGCCAUGGCCUUGGACUGUUCUGCCAGAUUAUGACUACUUGUAUAGUCAGCAUAUUGUCAUAACUCCCUCGGAGCUGGAUGACACAAGAUCGGAAUCGAAACAAAUGGUAGAUGGAAGUGAUGAUUCAUAUGGACUUUCGAAUGAUACUAUGCUAUCAACAAUCUUCUUGAUGGAUAUUGUGGCCCCGUCAUUCUUUACCGCUCAGGAUCAAAAUUCGGAAUCUGUCGUUAAAUACUAUACGCUUGACACAAACGGGGCUCGAACGCGCUCAACAAAUGCUAACCCCUGGCUUGAAGAAGGUAUUACGGUGCAUAUGGACCGAGUCGCUGAAGCUAUGACAAUUGGCAUUAGAAACACACCAAACGAAACAGGACAAGUUGAAUACGUUGUGGGAACAUCGUGGGAGGAACGAGUUCAUGUGGAGGUCAGAUGGCCCUGGUUGAUACUGCCGCUGGUUCUGUCAGGAAUGAGCCUUCUUUUCCUAGCGUCAACAGUUAUAAGAAGCUCUCGUGACGUAGACGAGGUGGGAAUCUGGAAAAGCUCUGCGCUUGCGGUGUUGUUCAAUGGUCUAGGUGACGAUGUUCAACGCAGUGUUGGGCCAAAUGCACGCAUGGGAGAGAUCAGGCUGAAAGCUAGAGAGCUGUCUGUGAAACUUGUGCCUGAUGAAGAAAAAUGAGUGUUUGAGUGCUGAUGUGCGCUCGGGAAAGAGAAGAUGAAAAUAGACAAGCGAUAUUUAUGUUUGAAUCGUUGCGCAGAUACGUAGAUAUUUACUUAGCCUUAUGUAUAUAGCAAGUUCGGUCAACUUAUU